UGGAAUGCCAGCUGUUUUUCAGUACCUUGCUACGAUAGCUCCAACAAGCAGAGUAAUAUAGCACAGUUUAAAACCGUAUAUUUUGUUAACCUAAGGCCAUCGUAAUUUUUUGUUGCAAUUUAAGAUGUAUCAUCCACCGCCUCUGGAAUCAUGCUGUCUCUGCGUUUCUCUGCGAAAUGGAACUAAGAUAUUCGGGUUCCUAGCACUGCUUGACUGUGUCUCCGUUUAUUUUUCAUCCGUAUAUGGGUACAUACACGAAAUCAGAAGCUGUACAGUCGAAAGGAUGGCUUGUGCUGUAGUGUUUGGAGAGGUGGGCCUUAGAACCAUAUACGCUCUUUUCGUCGUUGGAAUGCUCAUGAGUUUGUACAAGGCUGCCAAUCCUCGCCUGAUAUUAUGGUGGGUGUUCGCUACGAUAUUUGUGUCACUGUUCACCAGCUUCGUAAUGGUUCCCGCAAUGGGCAAGUUUUCUGCAGGAUUUCAACCUGUCUAUAUAGCACUAUCAUGUUGGGACUUGUAUGGAUGUUAUGUUGGGUACAGCUACUAUAUACAACUCACUGAGGGGGCGACUGAAGAAUCUGGAGAUGCUUAAACAAGAAACAUUAGAUAACUUAAGAGAACGCAUUAAUCUUAGCAGUAGCACUUAAACAGUAAAAAAGUUGAUUUUUAUUCUCUCACUAAAUUUUUGAUAGUAAAUUAUACUCUUCUUACUGCAAUUAUCUGUUUAAUACAAUUUUAUGGCUAAUUAACCAAGAAAUAUUGAAGUACUUUAUGGUUAGAACAACAUUUGUAUUUGAACUUAAAAAGUUUUUUUUCUGACGUUCACGACACAUCCUAUAAGGAAUUAAUCCAUUCGUGGUAUCAAAGUUUCAAUGUAAGUACCAAACAAAAUAUAUUCAUCACUAAUAAGAUAAAAUGUAUAUAUUAUUCGAAUUUUGGGCAUUGUAAGCAUACAGAUUCUAAUGAUCUUGAAUAAAUAAUUUUAU